AUGUCAACUACAAGUGGUAACACCCCACGUACUGAAGAAAAGGAUAUCUUCCAACGAAAGGAACAGCGUUGGAUUGAAGUCCAACGAAUGGCCUUUAUGUCAUUCAUGAACGAUACAUUAAAACGAUGUCCUGAUGUCAAACCCGUCACCAAUUUUGAAACGGAUCUUAAAAAUGGUGUUACAAUGUUCCGAUUUACCCAAGCCUUGACUGGAAAAGGCAACGCAAUUAAAUAUGACAAGAACCCAACGAUACAAAUGCACAUGUUGGAGAACCUGAACUUCGCUCUUGAAAUUUUAAAGUCACAAGUCUCAAAUAUCACGUGCGACGUUCAAGACAUUUAUAAUAUUGAUAUACGUGGUGAUAAAAUGUUAUUGGGUCUCCUCUAUUUACUCUUCAAGAAAUAUAGAAUGGCGGUCGCUAAGAUUGUUGAUCAAAGCGGUCGUACGUUGAGUGAAGAAGAUGCAAUGCUUGCUUGGGCGCGAGAAACAACUAAAGAUUACUCGGGAAUCAAACUUGAUAAAUAUAUCCCGGGAUUCAACGACGGGAAAGGCUUUUUGGCAUUGUGCCACGCAUACACCAAACUCACUGGUGAAAACACAUUUGAUUAUGAGGAAAUUAGCAAACAGUCUCCCGAAGAAGUCCUCGCCUAUGCUUAUGAAUUUGCGAAUACUAAAAUGGGGAUAGACAAACUGUUACUUGUAGAUGAAGUUGCUUCGGGAACGAUUAAACCGUCAUCCCUUGCGGUGUACGUGUCAUCCUUCCAUCAUGCGUUUGAGACAUUUAUAGAACUCCAGAAGUUGAAAAACCAACUUGGGAACGCAUCGGGCGAAUUGAAACAUCAGCAACGAAACAAAGAAGACUUGAUCAAUAUGAAUCUUGAAUUAACAAAGGAAAUUGAUGAGCUGAAAAAGAAGAAAGAAGAGCUUGAUGUGGAUAUCACUAGUCUUGACAAAGAAAUAGACGAGAUUAAGACAUCAAACAAAGAGAAGGAAGAGCUGAUCAAAGACCUUGACGAAAAGAUCCAAGCGGACCAGGCAAGUAUCAAACAGUUUGAAGAAAAGAUCAAUGAAUUCAACGGGAAGAAUUCAGAGUUGGAAAGGACUUUGAAAGAACAGGAAGCGUGGCACAAAGAAGGUGAUGAGAAAAAGAUGCACUUAACAAAUGAACUGAAUGCGCUUCAAAGCGAGCUGAAGAGCCUCGAAGAGGAAUUGAAACUCCAGGAAGAAAUGAAAAAUGGGAAGGACAUCACAUCGAAGUGCGAAGAACAGUCUAAAAAGAAUAGAGUUCUUGAACAAGAACUUUCGUACCUUGAAGAAUCAAAACUCGAACAUUUGACUGCGACUAAGAACUCUGCGGAGAAAUUGGAAAAGACUGAAAACGAGAAGAAAGACGUUGAAGGGCAAUUGUCGAAUCUUUCUAAGACUGCCGAUGAGUAUACAGGCGCAUUGGCUAUUCUUAAAAAGCAGAUUGAAUUGCACACUGAAGAUUUGGCGAGAUGGUCUGAGAUGUUGGAAGGGAACUCUUCUGUUGGUGAUGUUGAAAGUGUCAUUGCCAAAGUUGAAGCUGAAAAUGAAUCGAAGACGUCCGAGGAAAGAGUCAAAGCAUAUCUCGAAGUACUCAAAAAGGAAGAAGAAAACAUCGAAAAACUUUACAAGACCAAAGUCGACGAAGCAAAGGCGGGAGGAGAACAAGCGCAGAAAAAGAAACCAAUCACAAAAAAGCCUGCCGUUAAGAAGUAA